AUGCGUAUGUUUUAUCGUAUAACUUUCUUAUUUGAUUAAUACAAAAAUCAUUGUUUCUUCUCUUCUUCUUUCUCUUUGUUUCUCCUUUCAUUCAAACUUUACGAUUGAACCCAAGUAAUUUACUUUUUUUUUUUGACUAUUUUUAAUUCUCGAGCAACAUGAGUUCGAUUGCCACUACUAUUGACGGCACAAAUCAAUCAAACGCAUUAUGGAGACAGAACUCAAUUGUUUCAGCUACCAGUAGUAAUAUCACUUCCAGCAGUGGUGAAGACAGCAUAUUAUCUAUGGAGUUUUCUGAGAGAGACAGUUUCCAGGCCUCUUCAGAUCAUUUAAGCUUCUUUACAGACAAAUCAGACAAUUUGUAUCAACUCAUGGACGAUUUAGCUAUUAUUGACGAGAUCUAUCAUACUUUUGGCGAUGAAUCUGAAUGCGAACCUUAUGAACAACAAGUAGCAGACGCAGCUAGAAAUGUAGCACAGAAAAAGAUGUCUAUUGAAAGAAUGUGCCAAUCUGAGGAAGACCAUAUUACAGACAUGGAACAGUUUUUGUUUUAUUUUCUUGAACCUAUCCAUCGUUGGACGUAUGAUUCAGCAAAUGCUGAUGUCUUUCAAAAGUUUCCCGCUAUUUGUUCUAGAACAGCAAUAGCGACGCUGUUCGAGACGAUCAAAGAAAUCACAAAAGUACAUCAAGAACUUUAUACUGGUUUAAGAGACAGAUUGAAGAUGUGGGGUCCAACACAAUUCGUAUCCGAUAUUCUCGCUAGUUUUCAUGAAAAGAUGCCUAUCUAUGAAAAAUACUUGAAAUAUUACGCAAGUUUUAUUGUGACCAUAGACACACUUUGCAGAAAAUCGCCACAGUUCUGUAAAUUUCUAGAGAGUUGUGUUCCACGAACCGAUGCGCCCAACAUCAAGGAUGUUGUGUUCUAUUUGAAAAACCCUAUUGUUCGACUCCCUUUUUAUUCUUCCUUUGUAUCUCAAAUAUCGACAGCUACUGAACUUUCUCAUCCAGACUACAGAGCUCUUGUGAAACUCAAGGACAAGUACGAACGACGUGAAAAAGAAUGGCGAGUACUCCUGAAAGAUCGCUUAGCACUUGUCCGAGUCCUGGAAGCUGCUAGAUCAAUCCAAAACAACCCUGCUAUUGCCACUACGAAUCGCCGUUUGUUUAUCACGGGCCCCUUAACCAAGGUGGAUAUGUCAGAUCCACAAUCAAUGUCUGACACACGCACCCAUUUACUCUAUAAUGACAUUUUCAUGUAUUGUCAAAAAGUCAAGAUGAGUAAAAAGAAGUCUGACAAUAAUCCUACAUUGGUGUACAAGGGGAUGAUUAACCUGAAACAUGCAGAAAUUGUACCUUUAUCACCGAGUAUUAUAGCAAGACUCUCGGAAACCAAACGAUCCCUAGGAUUAUCUUUUAUGCGUAAGUCAGACACGCCCAGUCUUCCAAAUACAGCCAUCUAUGGCUUUGAAAUCAAGGUAAAUGACAGACAUGAACAGCCUACUUCAGUUGCUUGGAAUAAUGGUACUUAUCCUGUACCUGGACAUAAUUCUGGCAAUGGAAGUAAACGCCAAUUGAUUAUGCGUACACAAACAGAAGCUGAACAAGAAGCUUGGAUCGCUUUACUUCGCAAAGUCAGUCAACAAGUUACUCGUAAGCGAUAACCUUCUUAAAAAAAAACAAAUGUGUGCUUUGGAUUAAUCUUUUUUCUCUCUCUCUCUCUCUCUCUCUCUUUUCUAUAUGAAUUCUUUUUCUUUUUUGUUUUUUUUUCUUGCAACAUCUUCAUUUCUCCUUCUUUCAUUUUUGGCUCUUAGACAAUCAGAAGUAUUAAGCAUUUCUCACAUAAAAAAAAAUAUAAAAAUAUAUAUACUCUAAAUAAACUAUGAUAAUGAUAUCUUUUUUUUUUCUUUCUUUUUUAUUCUAAUUAUACACAAGCAAAUACAUACAUACAUACAUACAUAUAUAUUAAUGUUGAGCCCAUUGAAUAGACUUCAAAUCAAUACCUUCUU